AUGAAAAGUAUAACUAGAUUCGUUUGGCUUUCUAAUUUACCCACAUCUGUCUCUGAAGACGAAUUACGUGGAGUUCUAAACAGUUAUGGCAAAAUUCAAUGUAUAAAAUUAGUAAAUGAUGGAGCCAUGGUUACGUUUGUCGACAGUAGAUCUGCAUCUAAAGCUAUAGAGAGCGGUAUUAAACUGCACAAGAUCCCUCUAAAGUUACAAUACUGUGAGUCUGCUGAUACUCUCCUUAACGAACAAAAAUCUGAUCAGCGAUCUGACUCCGUCGCUGAUUCAAAAAGUGUUGCGGGAGAGAUUGAUACAGAAAGUACAUCCUCUUCCUGCAGUUCACACAGCUCAUCUCGGUUCAUGACCAAUAAGAAAAGUUAUUCCCCAAUCAAACGAGAUCAUCGAAAAUGCAACGGUGAAUUAGAUAGUCGCUCCUCCAAAUCAGGAAGUAAUCAAAGGGAAGGUGGUCUUCGUGGAUUAAAAAUUACCCACUUAUCACUCCGGUCCUCGGAUUCUAAUCUGCGAGAAGGGUUAUUUCAUGAAUACAAAAAGCAUGGGAAAAUUACCUCGUUGGUUAUUCGAGGUUCAGGUUCCAGUCGCUACGCACAUAUAACCUUUAAACUUUGUGAAGACGCUGAAAAAGCAUGUGAGCAUUCUAGAGACAAGGUAUUUUUUGGUGUUUCUGUCCAUGCGGAACUUGUAGAGGGAUUAGAUAUUGAAGAUCCUGACCUCUGUCCUCCCGAGCAUGCUUUAGAUGAAUAUCACCCUAAAGCGACCAAAACCCUUUUUGUUGGAAAUCUUUGCUCUGUCACUAUUACUCAAGAUGAAUUAAUGCGCGUCUUUCGGGAUUAUGGAGAAAUUAUCGAAAUUGAUAUCAAAAUGCAAACGAAUCAACCUGGAACUUCCUAUGCCUUCGUUCAAUUUACGGACAUUAAGAGUGUCGUUCGUGCUCUUAGUGACCAGGAAAGAGUGACGGUGGAUGGGAAACCAGUGAAGUUGGGUUUCGGGAAAAGCCAGCCUUGUAGUGUCGUUUGGUUGGAUAAUCUCUCACCAAAUGUUACGGAAAAUUUCCUUUCUCGGCAGUUUGGUCGUUACGGUCGUCUAAAGGAUAUUGCACUUGAUAUGAAGCUAGGUCGAGCGCUGCUCUACUUUGACGCUGCCGAAGCCGCCCAAAGGGCCUUAAAUGAGACACGGAAUAGAUCUCUCCUGGGCAAAAAGGUUCAAAUUGAUUUCGCAUCCGUAGAGUGUCAGGUAGCUUUCAUUGAAAAAUCCCAACCGCGAGAAAAUCUUUUUGGAAAGUACGGUGAUAGGUGGCGAGAACUUCUUGAAGCGUGCAUUCCAGGCGGCGGUGGGGGUUUGGCGGGUUACCUGGAAGAAGGUCGAGGACUUCAGAAACUACGGCAUAAGGAGAUUGCGGCCCUGCUUGGAUUAGCCAAUUCUAGUUCGCGCUUGAACAAAUCUUAUGGAUACAGUCGUUCUUCACAUCAUUGCAGUUCCCGGAAUGUUUCCCCAAGCCGCAGUUCUGUAUAUUCUCGGAGUUCCCCUUCUAGGGAUUUUAAUAACGUUUCUAUAUCUGGUUUUCGGGGUAGUGGUAGUGGCAAUGGUCUGCUUUCCAGUCUUAUUGGAUUACCUAGUUACAAGCAUGAGUCCUCUUCACGAGACCGUUCAAAAUACGUACAAUCUCGAAAAUCUGUGGCCCCAACUACUUACGAUUGUCCUCGUGGAAUGUCGAAUGGAGGCGGAUCUUAUCAACAUUCUGUUGGAUAUAAUAGCGUUGAAAUUAGUCCUCACCGACAAUUGCCAUCAUGGAGCAGUAGUCGAAGGUCUCAAUAUGCUGCAUCAACGUGUAGUGAUUCCUCAUCUGUUGAACGAAAACCGGAAUCUCUGAAACGUGAUGUUUCUCAUUUUCAUAAGCAUACGUCAGAACACCAGAGAUCCUCCAAUAGACGGAAAUCCUCUCAUCGAGUGAGUUCAGAGCGUCAUAGACACAGUAGAGAAGAUCCAACAUCACCUCAAAUGGUCUCCAGUUCCCGCCGUUAUCUUCGAGAAUCUACAGGUUCCACACCGGAGUCGAAUCAACCCCCUAAGUCAUCUAUGGAUGCAGAAAGUGGUGACUCUCACAUCCCAUCCUCGAAAAAUAAUAGGACCAAGUUGCCAGAACCAAAGACUCCUCUAACCUCCGAGUCAAAUGGAGAUACAUUGUCAAAACUUCAUAGAGAAAGGUACGAGUUACUGAUGAAGCUGAAUCAGCUUAGCACCAAGAAGAAAACGGAGGUCGUAUCCUCUACUCAGCAUGGUUAUGACGGUAUGGAGCCUGGUACGAAUGGACCAACAUUAUUGCUCGAGUCUGACCCGAUUCAAGUUCCCCCUAAAACAAUUGAUGGAGGAGCCGAUUUUCCAGUUUCCGGAAGUGUUGGCAGUGCAGGUCAAAGUAGUAGUAGUGAUCCUGGAGAUGCAAUUUUUUCUCCCAACUCCUCUCUAAUUCCUCCGGACAGGACGUCUUCCCCAAUUAUAGCGACACUCUCUGGACCACCACCACCCCCUCCACCACCACCUCCACCACUAACCAACCGAUUAGCUUCGGGUGUGGUUCCAUCCCCCGGGGUGCCCAAUCACUCUCCUAAUCAGACAACCUUCGACUCCAUUCCUCAUGUAUCUCCCUCCCAGUCUAACACAGGAACAUCUUUUGAUGACGAAACUCUGAUACGAAACUCUCCAACUUUCCAACUCAGCCUUCCUCCCUUUUCAUCCUACUCUAUUGCCAAACAACCUUUGGAUUCAGAUUCUGAACAAACUGGCUUGGAAUCAUACCUAACAUCCACAUCCAUCGAUGAACGAAUUCGCCAGUUGGAUGAACAGUUUAAAACUCGACCUCAUGUGGAUUAUAGCAGAUUCCGCAUUCGACGAAGAAGUGACAUCCCGUCUACAAAUACAGGGUGUUCCUCGUCUAUUCAGUCUGUUGCGUCUUCUGCUGUAGAUGUGAAAAAAUCCCCCUUUCACUUGCUCCAUCUUUCAUCUCCUGAUGCCAAUACACUGGGGACAUCGGAAACGCGGUUCACAAAUGUUCCGAGAAGGACAGAUACUUCUGAAUUUAUUAAGAAUAUGCUUUCUUCUACGGGCAGGUCUUCAAAGACAGCUACUAUCAUAGACCCACCUCCUAUAACCAACCACCCCUCACUUUCUCACAUAACACCACUUUCUGUUCCCGUUUCCAUUCUAGAUAAAACUCUCUUGAGUCCCAUCACGGCAGCACCAUCGGUAAGAGUGGAUUUAAAGCCUUCUACACCAAGGUCUCUCUUAUCUCCGAUAUAUAGUGCUUCUUCAAUACAGUCAAUUCCUCCUUCAAGCUGUAAAUUCCCCGAGAAAAUUAAGUCUGGCUCAAAGAAGGGAAUUUUACGUUCUGAGAAGGGAUCACCAUCUGUUCACGCCGCAAAUAUGCAAAUUCCUGAAAUUGCAUCACCUCCAUCGUCGAUUAGACCCUCUCUCAAUGAUGUUCCCUACACUGGUACUAAACGCAAGCCAAAUACUUCAAUUGCUUCCAAUAUUUCGCCCAAAUCGCCAAAGUUAUCGGUGCUUGCAGAAUCUUUGUCUAUAAAUGAGAAGGUUGAUGAAUCGAACGGUGUUUCGUCGCCUCCUCCUCCUCCUUUACUUUCGAAACCCGUAGAAAGAAGUACCUCUCCUUUGAAGUCCAAAAAGGCUCGUGAAGGCCAAUUUACACAACAACCUAGGAGGCAGCUUAUUUCCCCUCCCACAACACCCUUUGAACGGAAUAAGCUUCAUUUCAAAAAAUUACCCAAGUCAGAGAAAGUUGCAGAAAAGGAACAAAAAUCCACUAGCACUUCUGCGCCCCCUUUGAAAUCGGUAAUAUCUCCUCAUAACGAAUCGGGAAAUCGUAUUAAGGGAGGAGAGGAUUCGAGUGUGAGGAGCAAGAAGAAGUUGAGGCGAAAGAGGCAGGAGAGUGAUGAGUUUGCCUGGAAGCCACAUGGCGGGGGCGGCAGUAUCUCCUCUGAAUUCCUCAAAACAGACGACCUUACAGAUGGUGUUAGUCAGUAUGAAACAAUGUAUGAUAAAAUUAAGAGACGUGGAAAUAAAUGCACUUCGAAUGAGAAAUUUGAGUCUAAGCCAGAAGCACUUAAGUCCCUGCUUAAAUCCAGAAAGCAUAAAGUGGGAAAUGGGGGCGAUUUAGAAUCACAAAGCACCAAGCCACCACAUUUAACACCCGAGUCUCUUGAGUCUAGUUCUCAUCGAUCGAGUAAAAAAUCGCGCCUUAAAAGACCUGACAGCGAAGGAGGUUCUAGUUCUGAUUCGGACAGUCGACAAAUUCUGCCCCCUACUAAAAGGAAACGAUUUACUCCUGUUUCACGAAAGCGGCGUAGGAGUGAAGAAAUGGCGGCAACCCCAACAAAGUCAAAAACAGCAGCUACGAAAAAGCGCGUUAGAAAGGCGGUUACAGUCUACUCUUCGAACGAAAGUGCUAAUGAAUCUGACUCAAAUGGAUCAGUCUUUUUCCAUGAAUCUCAUCGACGACGCAGUGGACGUUCAAUCUCUUCGUCUACAACUUCAACUCCACAGAUAAGUCGAUCUUGCAGUCCUCUUGAAAGUGUGGAAAAAAGUGAUAUUAAAGAAGAAGAGGAGGAGCAUUUGCCAUUAUUAGAGAAACAAAUAACCUCUGACCAAGAAGUUAUUGAGGAGAUAACCCCUUUUGUUGAACAAGAAAUGGAAAGAGAACAGUUAUUGUGUGAGAAUGAAGAAAAUGGUAUUCCUGAUGUUGAGCCUAAAAUUGAGGUCACGGAAACACAGGAAGAAAGAGAGAUAGAGGUUGAAUUGACUGAGGAGAUUGUAACAACUGAAAAGCAAUUUAAAGAGCCUGAAAUUUCUGUCUUGAGAUCACCGUCUAGCCACAGGUCAUGCGUUGGAAGUGAUCUUAUUUUCACAUCGCCUCUCGUGAAACCCACUACAGCUACUACUAGUAGUGAUGAUUUCAGUGAAGAGUCUGGAUUGGCCUUGCCCUCAAGUGCUGCAACUGUGAAGGAUGAUGGUGAUGUUGCUAAGAUGACAGAGGUGUCUGAGGAAGUAAAGACGUCUCCUUUGUCCUCUGUACAACAGCCAGUAACUCUAUUGACUCCCGUUUCGGUUUUAUCUACAUCGUCAACCAACCAACACAUAGCGCUGGUUGUUAACACUCUGGGACCAAACUCAGCUGAUGUUUCUUCUCAGCCUACUUUCGUUUGGGCUCCUUCUUCAUUAACCCUUGUUAGUGGUGGUCAACAGCAUACCCAAUUAAUAAUCAACCCCACAGCUGCCGCCACUCAGCUUGUUCAACAGGCUCCAGUUGUAGAGAAUAAGCCGCCAUCUGAAGUGGUACCUGUAAAAUCGUCAAAUGUAGGUGACUAUGGGCAGCAUUUAAUUGAACAUUCGAGGGAUGAGCCUUCACAUAGCACCUCAUCACAAGAGGAGAAUGGGAGACGAGGUGGAAGUAGAAAGUCAGCAAUCUACCAAAAGACACUUUCUCGUCCAGUCUCCUCUGAGAUAAAUACACAUUUCUUGCCAUCGACUUCAACGACGGCAGACACUGUGUCGAUUGAUCCUUAUGAGCCGAAUUUUGAUGAAUCUGAAUCAGAAGUUAUUCCUCUCCCUCCUUAUAGAAAAGAUACUGUAACCGAGGUUAUCAACUCUGUUAUUCAUGGCGAGUUUGAGCAAAACGACUACGUUCAACGUCUCUCAAUUAGUUCACGAAUAUCCUCGGCUAAUAACAGCAGUUUACCCCCAACACCGGAGGGUAUCAUACAAGAGGCCCCUAAGGCUGAAAUAUGUUCAAGGUUGUCGUUAACUUCUGGUAGCAGCAAUAUAACCACGACACCCAAUGACAUCAAGCUGGAGGCUCCUAAUACUGAAAUCUGUAGUACACAGCUAUCAUUAGCUCCUAGCAGUAGUGUUGUAAAUGCGAUCUCCAAAGGAGUCAAGCCCGAGUCUCCUAAUAUUGAUGUUUGUUUGGCCCCUUCAGGUCAGGCGGAGGUACUAGCUUCGUCUCGACAUAUAUCGGCACCAAGUCCUUUAACAAAUCAUCUGACAGAGGUGACUCAGUUAGCUUGCUUUUCUGAUGAUCGUUCUUCCGUGUUACUUUCCAACAGAGGCGGUGGUGUUCAGUCUCCAGUUGGCAGUAUUAUGAAAAAACCUGUUGUAUCUCAGGUUCACCAUCAUCAGCAUAUUCAGGCGCAGACAUUGAUAGAGUCCUCACAACAGCAAGUAGACGAUCAUCACCCACCACAAUCAGUGCCACCACCGCCACAGAAUUUCCUGGAUCCGUUGCAGGUGUUGACUCUAAUGACACCAUCUCUUCCUCCAACAUCUGGCGAAUCAGCAGCGGCUGUUGUUGCUCAACAAAUCUCUCCUCAAGUUCAGCCUCAAUUGCAAGAUAUUGCCGCCUCCUUCCUUUUGAGCAUAAUUGAACGACAAGCGCAACAGCAACAACAACGGCAAUCGGAGCCAUCAUUUUUAGAUACAACUCCCACUCAGCUACAUUCCGCAGUUCCACCGCCGAAUUCGGAUCUUCCACUUCUGAAUCGUUAUAUGUCUUUAAAUGAGAAUUAUCUCUUAUUGGAACCUAGAUUCCUUGAGAAUAAAUUCUCUUUAUUGUGGAGAGGAUGCAUGUCCCUGAAGAACGAUCGAGUGUCUGUACGUUUGUUAUAUUUGGCUGGAAAUCAGGACAUAAUUCUAAGUUGUCUAAACGUAUUGACCGGUGGCGAGGAUCCACCAGGGGUUCCUGGUGUUCUACGAAUAGCUCAACGAAUGCGCCUGGAGAGCACACAACUGGAGGGUGUUCAGAGGAAGUUGAGAGAGCCAUCCAAUUACUGUAUGUGUCUCGCUCUGGCUUCAUCCUCCAUGCACAACCUUGUUGCUGAGAGGAAUGAUAUGCUGCAACAGAUCGUAUCCCUUCAGAAUAUGAUAUCAUACCUUCAGGAGAAGUCUGCCGCUGGAAUUAUUUCUUGCCCCUCUGGUCAUGAGAAUCCUUAUGUGAUGCACAUGUUUCCGCCAUGUGAUUUUACAACGUCUCAAUUGCGGUUCUUAUCGACGGAUUUACAACAGACUCUCCUGCAUGCGGGACUACCUUACAUGCUUAUUAUCGUCGUUUAA